CAUGGCACUGUGAGAGUGUGAAAUACUAGUCUGGCAAACUUACGCCUAAAGGUAUCCAACUUCAGACCAGGCAACAAUUUAUUUCCUUCCAUCGAAAUUAAAAAAUGAAAACCCAAGAUAACAUUGAGCCUGAACGAUCAGGUUAUGAACAGGAUAAUGAUGCCCAAGUCAAGAUCCAUUUGGAUGGCCAAGAUGCAUCUGAUCAUGAACACAAGACCCCGAAUGAAAGUGAAAAGAAUUCCUCAGCUAAGAGGGCAUAUAGUGAAAAUGAAUCCAAAACUGCUCCUGCUUUGAUGGAUGCCAGGAAGGAAGAAACAACUGCAGAUGCUCCAGUUCCAAUCCCAAAGGCCAUCCCCCACAUGCCAUUUCCUCCUCCACCAGAAUGUAUAAAACUUAUUGAAGAUUUGUCCUUAUCAUUGGUUCCACGCAUUAAGUUCAACUACACCCUUGGUUGCAUGGGUUCCUUUGUCAGACCCGUAGAUGUGUUCAAUGUAAAAAUUAUAAUCUCUCAUGGCUUAGAGAAAUGUUAUGUUUUUCCCAGUCCUAUCACAAUUCCGUUUGAUGACAUUCGCAUUCAUAUUGUGUCUCCCUUCAAAUGGACUGUUACUGAUGAAGGCAAAGAGAGGUGGAUCUUAGCAGAUGGUCACUUCUUCUUUAGGGAUCAAAGAUUGGUAUCUUAGGAGUUUCGCUUGGGCCUCAGGAAUUACUUGCUGAAGGAACAUGGCACAUAUAGAAUGAUAUUAAUGGGUGCAUGCCACCUAUCAAGUUGAGCUGACCUUGCCAUCUGAAGAAGAUCCCGAUCAAAUGAUGGCUUCCCUUUCAAACACCCCGGCUGAUAAUCAAGAGUCACCUACUAUCAUUAUUAAAGAUUUGCCUCAAUGGUUUACCGAUGAACCUGCAUCAGUACGCACCUUCCUCGAGACUCUGGGUGUGGUGAGGGCUUUUGAUGUUGACAAUGAUAAAAUCUCGGUUCACUACGAAGAUUGUUACAAAGCAUUGAAAUCGUUGUGUGCAUCUUCUUUGCAACUGAAGAGGGCGAUGGAGGGCUUGUGUCUUGUCGACUAUGUUCUCAUGUGGAAGGGACAAUUUCCCUUGAAAGAUGACUACCCUAAAUUCUCUGAUCCAAUGUUGAAGACACCACGAAACAUGAUGUUCUUCCUUCAAAAUCGUUGAAAGCAUGGAAUUGGAGAAAUAUUAGAUGUAAGGAGGGGUUGAUAUUCAUCUAACAUUAUGCGGUAGUAGGCGGUAGUAUGCUUGUAUAAGUUUGUAGUCUGUAGAUCUUCCCUCCAAUUCGCAUUAUCUACAUAUUUUUUUAUAAAUCUGCAUUAUCUACUUUAAUACAUUGUAAACAAUUUGAUUUUAUUUAAGAGGUUUUGCUUAAAUAUUACUGGAAUGUAAUUUAUGGAGAAAUAUAUUACCCUAUCUAUCUUAUUUGGGAUCCCAUCUUAU